AUGGAUGAUGCAAAUGUUCCACAAUAUACAAUUCUCCUUCCAACAUACAAUGAGAUUGAAAAUCUUCCUAUUUGUAUUUGGUUAAUUGAAAAAUAUAUGACAGAGGCAAAGCUUAAUUAUGAGAUAAUUGUUAUUGAUGAUGCUAGUCCUGAUGGUACAUUGGAAAUGGCUAAAAAACUUCAAAAAGAACUUGGAGAGAAUAAAAUUAUUCUUAAACCAAGAUCAGGAAAAUUAGGAUUAGGAUCAGCAUAUGUUUAUGGGAUUCAAUUUGCACGUGGAAAUUUUGUAGUAAUAAUGGAUGCUGAUUUAUCUCAUCACCCAAAAUUUAUUCCACAAAUGGUAAAGAAGCAAAAAAUACGUGAUGCAGAUAUUGUUACCGGUACCAGGUAUGCUGGUAACGGUGGUGUUUAUGGUUGGGAUAUAAAAAGAAAAGUUAUUAGUAAAGGCGCCAAUUUUCUGGCACAAUUUCUCUUGCAACCUGGUGUUUCUGAUCUCACAGGGAGCUUUAGAUUAUAUAAAAAAGAAGUCCUUUCUAGAUUAAUUGCGGAUUCUGUUACAAAAGGAUAUGUUUUUCAGAUGGAAAUGAUGUUUAGAGCAAAGAAACUUGGUUACUUAGUUGAGGAAGUUCCAAUUACAUUUGUUGAUCGUUUUUAUGGAGAAUCCAAAUUAAGCGGAAGUGAAAUUGUUCAAUAUGCAAAAGGUUUACUAUAUCUUUUUGCUACUGUUUCAUAA